UUGUUAGUGAUUAGCCAUAAAGACACCAGGUCUGCUAUUCCGGAAAAUCACUUUUAGAGAAAAUCGCCAUUUGAGCAGUUUUCUUUUUCUUUUUUAAGGAACCAAGCCACUCACCUGAGCGACACCCACUGGGAAUAAGGCAGCACCCACCUGGGGGACGGCACCCGGGAGUCCCGCCCCGCUCCCGGGGUUCCGGACGCUCGGCUCGAGCUCCCCCUGGAGCCGCCGCACCAGGCUUCCGGGAAGGUCGGGCACUUUGGACCUGGGGUGCGGCGCUCGGCGGGCCGAGGCGGGGAAUCAUGGCGGCUGGUGAAGAUAUAAACGAAGUUAUGAAGAAGUAUUUGAAAGAUGAAGAAUUUAUGACAUGUGGACAAAAGCAGGAAUUAAUUGAUCAAAUAUUAAAGGAAAAUAUUUACUUAAAGAUGGAGAUCCAAAAGCUUGAAACGGAGUUACAAGAGGCCCCCGGAAGCUUUCAGAUUAAAGAGGAUAUUCCCGAAACAAAGAUGAAAUUCACAUCUUUAGAGAAUCCUGAGGAUGACAGCAGGUUUUCAAAUAUCUCCUGUUCAUUUCAAGUGAGCUCACAAGUUCCUUAUGAGCUACAAAAAGGAGAAGCACUCAUCACCUUUGAAGAAGAAGAAGUUGCCCAAAAUGUGAUCAGAAUGGAGAAACAUCAUGUGCAGAUAAUGGAUAUAGGUGUGGAGGUUAUGGCGAAGCCAGUUCCAUUAAACUCAGGAGUCAGAUUCCAGGUUUCUGUAGGAGUGUCUAAAAUGAAGGUCAAUGUUACUGAAAUUCCUGAUGAAUUGCCUGAAAGUCAGAUGAGAGACAAGCUAGAACUGAGCUUUUGUAAGUCCCGAAACGGAGGCGGAGAAGUGGAAUGCGUAGAGUAUGACAAGCAGGCUGGAAGUGCUGUCAUCACAUUUGUGGAAACUGGAGUUGCUGACAGGAUUUUGAAAAAGAAAGACUAUCCGCUGUAUAUAAACCAGGACUGCCACAAAGUUGUUGUUGCACCGUACAUGGAAACUCACUUGAAAAAGUUUCAGGUAUUUUCAGGAAUAUCUAAGAGGACAGUGCUUCUGACGGGAAUGGAAGAGCUCUGCCUGAUGGAUGAAGAAACUGUAGGGGAUUACGUUAACAUUCACUUUCAGCGGACGAAGAAUGGAGGUGGAGAAGUAGAUAUGGUCAAAUGUUCUCUCAAUGAGCCUUGCAUAGCAUACUUUCAAGAAUAGACUUAUGGAAUCAUAUGACAAUUAGAGCUUCUGAGCCCAAAUCACUAUCAGUGUUUUACAAAAAUGAGUACCUUCCUCCUUAAAAAAAUUAAACUUUUAACUUUUAAUUCUUAGUGUCCAUAUAUUCUUAGAGACAAAUAUAUUUUUAUGGUUCUGAAUUCUUCUUUGUUUCCAACUGUGCUGCAUUUGUACAAAUGUGAGAGCUCACUGUAUUAAAAACACUUGUGUUCAUAACUUA